UUACAAUUAAUGACCAACAUACAACUUGAAGUUUUAACAUCAGAAGAUCACCAAUCUCCACAUAAAUGGUGUGUUCCUCUCAAGGAAGAUGUUUUUGCUGCAUUUAUGGCGAAAGGGGGUCCAAUCGUGCAUAGGGUUUUUGGUCAUAAAUCAUUGUUUGGCCCAUUAUUGUUUACAAAAUUCUUUGAUCCAUCAGAUGCCUUUCCGCUAUGGGAAUUUGAACCGGCUGUACUGUUGUCUCAUCUUCACAACCCUUGUGUGGAUUGGUUUCAAACAGAUGCAUCUUGUAUUCUAAUAUCACAACUGCCAACUUAUUUGAUUGCAACAGAAAUAGAAAAAAGCAGUCUUGGAAUUUGUGUUGAGAAUGGGAAGGUUAUAGAGAUUAGUGGGCUAUGGAAGAAACAUGGAGAAUCAAGAACAACAGACUGGAGAAGUGGCAAGUGGUGGGAAGAUGGCUUCGUCCGGAGGCUAGAAUUGCCUGACAACACAGACUGGAAGAAAAUGGAGGUGUAUGUCAAGAAUGACACUACUGUUUUGGACAUUAGACUUCCAAAACUACUCCAACGGAAUGUCGAGGAAACAAGGAUGAGCCAACAUAAUGCUUGAUAUAAAAAACACACCAACUACAUGACUGCACAUUUCAUAAAAUUAAGACAAUCUGAUUGAUGUCUUAUUAAUUACUCAUGUAAUACAACAAAGAACCACAUGCUAA